AUGAUCCCCCAUGAAAUUCUGAGCACCAUGUGCCUACACGCUGCCUCGUCGCAGCCGCGACGCCGCAUUCGAUGGUGUCCGUGGUGCCUGGCAGUGGCUGCGCUUGGGAUUUCGAGGCCGGGCUGCGCCCUGAAUCGCUUGCUGUUGGAAGCGCAUGAACUUCGCCAUGGACGCGCGGUGCUGCCGAUGUCCGACCGCCGUGCGCGGCAUGUGGCCAAGGUGCUCCAGCUGCGCGACGGCGAAGAGCUCAAGGUGGGCGUCCUGGACGGCGGCUACGACGACCGCUGCCGCGUCCUCUGGCGCUGGCCCGCCUCUGGCGGCCAGUGGUUGGUCGAAACACCGCGGCAGAUGCGACCUGAGAGGCUGCCAAUGGAGGAGAUUGUGAAUGUCUUGGAGCAGGAGGUGUUGCCGGAUGCUUUGGAACUUCAACUGUCGGCGGAACUGGAGGCGCUACCACGGUUUCCACCGGCGCAGGUUGAUUUGCUGCUGGUUCCACCGCCCUUGGAACGCUUGAAGAGGCUGUUGCCUCAGCUGGUUCAGUUGGGCUUGGGGACCCUGGCCUUGUGCCGAGUACCAGGCGGAGAUCGACAGGUUUUUCAUUGCCACCUCCUCCGUCAGCCAGAGAAGUUGCGGGAACUGCUGCUGUCGGGUUUGGAGCAAAGUGGAUUCACUCAGGUGCCGGAACUGCAAUUAGUGGAGCUUGAGCCGUUCUUGGCCAAAGAUGCCUGGGCUCAAAAGCUGCGCGCACGUUGCGCAGGUGGUGCCAUGUCGGAAGCAGAUGGCCGGGUGUUGGUGGCCAUUGGGCCCGAACAGGGCUGGCAACCACGCGAGGCGCCACUGUCGGGUUCAGGACGAUCUCCUCAAAAACUUUGGCUUUCAGGACCUUUGUCUUGGGCCGCGAAAGUUGAGUGUGGAGUUGCAGGCCAUUAGCAGCGUCUCGUUGUGUGAAACGGCGCUCCGGAAGAAAAUCGAACUGCUCGUUCAG